AUGGAUGUUGACCUGAUCAUCCGUAAUGCAACUGUGGUUACGGCCUCAGACAUCUGGCCUGCAUGUGACAUUGCAAUCAAAGAAGGCGCUAUUCUCUCCAUCGGCUCCAACCUCCCAGUCAGUGAAGAUACACGAGUCCUUGACGCCGAAGGGGCAUUCGUAACCCCCGGCGGAGUUGACGCCCACUGCCAUCUUUCACAAUUCUACAAUCCAGGUCCUGGAGAACCAGAGACUACCCCGACAACGGAUGGUAUCAUUCCAGCCAAAUACAACUUCUCAGGGGAUACGCAAGAGACGGGAUCACUCAGUGCCAUCUGCGGUGGUACAACGACCAUCAUCAGUUUCGCGAAUCAGUUCCGGGGCGACGACAGUCUAGUUCCCGUCAUCGAAGAAUACCACAAGUUGGCUGAAGCAAAGUCAUACUGCGACUAUGCCUUCCAUGUCAUCAUUACCAAUCCGUCCAAGAAGGUGAUCGAGGAGGAUCUACAGCUCAUGGUAGAAAAAUACGGGAUAACCAGUGUCAAGAUAUUCAUGACGUACGAGUCUGCCAAGUUGAAUGACUACCAGAUAUUGGAUGUUAUGCAUGCUUCGAGAAAGUUGGGCAUAACGACCAUGAUCCAUGCGGAGAAUGGAGAUGUUAUAGAUUGGAUGACGGAUAAUUUGGAAGUGAAGAAUAUGGUGGCGCCCCAUCAUCAUGGUACCUCGCGGCCGCCGAUUGUCGAGGCUGAAGCAAGUAACCGCGCCAUCUGUCUCUCAGAGGUCAUGGAUACUCCGAUAUUGCUCGUUCAUGUUUCUAGCGGACAGGCUGCAAAGACUAUCAGGAAAGCACAGACGAGACUUCUACCGGUAUUUGGAGAGACGUGUCCUCACUACCUUUUCCUUUUAGCGGAGAGAAUGAAACGAGAUGGUUUUGAAGGUGCCAAAUACGUCUGCUCUCCUCCUCUCCGUGAAGACUCCUCCGAUCUGGAAGCAAUGUGGCAAGGAAUCAAGAAUGGAACGUUCACCAUAGUAUCUUCAGAUCAUGCACCCACCAAGUACGAUCACCCGAAUGGCAAAAAGCUUGGUCUACACGGCCACGAGCCACACGGCAAGUUUCGCUGCAUUCCCAACGGGCUUCCGGGACUGGAAACACGAGUACCUCUGCUUUUCUCGGGAGGCGUGAUGUCUGGUCGUAUCACUCCCCAGAAAUUCGUGGAAAUGACUUCUUCCAACCCAGCGAAGCUGUAUGGCCUGAAGAACAAGGGUACAAUAGCCCCCGGUUUUGACGCCGAUAUAGUUAUCUGGUAUCCACAGGAGAAGUUCGAAACGUUUAACCUCGAAAACAAGAAGCUGCACCAUUCAAUAGACUACACGCCUUUCGAGGGCAUGGAGUUCAAGAACUGGCCGAGGCAUACUCUGAUACGGGGUAAGGUGGUGUUCAGUGAGGGCAAGAUUCUAAGCCACAAGGGCUUUGGCAGAUUCCAACGACGAACUUCUUCGUUGUUGGCAAGACCUCGGGAUGUAUGGUUAAGUGAAUGGCGACCUUGA